AUGACCAUGUCUAUAGCAGGUGGUCAGACAAAUCAAUAUCUGACAAAUCCCAGUUAUUUGGCUGGGUUGCUUUCAAGCACAAUGACCAUGUCUAUAGCAGGUGGUCAGACAAAUCAAUAUCUGACAAAUCCCAGUUAUUUGGCUGGGUUGCUUUCGAGCACAAUGACCAUGUCUAUAGCAGGUGGUCAGACAAAUCAAUAUCUGACAAAUCCCAGUUAUUUGGCUGGGUUGCCUUCGGGCACAAUGACCAUGUCUAUAGCAGGUGGUCAGACAAAUCAACACAAAAAUCUUAGUUACUUUGUGGCCACAGUGAACACAAUCAGUGCCAGUGAUUAUAACCCGGCAGAGGAAAGUUGUACUGAAGAAUUCAGCAAUUUAAACUAUCAUGAAGAUAUUGCCAAUGCCAGUGACGUAUUAUAUCCUUUGUACCAAAGGGAUACCUACUUAAGUGCCACUUAUUCAUGUAAUUUACGUGGUGGUAUGUAUUCUUCAAGUAAUGAUCCCAAUUUGUCUUGGAGUGUUUUGGAAAAUAAGUUAGCUUUAAUAAGUCGAGCACCAGAAGUUCACCUGGUGACUGCUUUUUUGCAUCUUUAG